AUGUUCCCGGUUGUGCAUGUAUGGGGAGGGCAGCCCGGGCGAGGUCCGGAGGUGUCAACGCUGAAGCACUGCGAUACCGAUCAGCUGCCGAAGAACGUGUUUGUCUUUGACGGGCAGGUGGUGCUCAUCACAGACCGGGACAAAAGCAAGGGAUUGAAUGGCAAGCAAGGCCGAAAGGUAGCGCGUUUCUUGCCUGAGGGCCCAAGCUUGAUGAUGGUGGCAUAUGUCGCAUGGCUGCUGCCGUUUGAGAAGGUGCUGCAUCGGCUCUCUGGCAUUCGAGGCCCGUCCGAAGCGAUCAGCCCGUGGCUAUGGAAGUCGGCCGAGAAGGGGAUCUGGGACACGGCAAAGCUGAGCAAGCAGCUCGCGCUUGUCACAGGUGUACAGAUUGGGGUUCAGCUAACUGUUUCAAGCUACCGGCAUGUAGCUAUUGAGAUGGGUCGUCGAAUCAAGGGAUUAAUUGUUCAGCAAGUUGAACUGGAAGCCGCCGUGGCGGACAGCGACGACGAGGCGGCCGAUCCGUUAACUGGAGAAGCACACCGACGACCGAAAGUUGAGUAUGUAUGGGACAUCCAAGCGACACACGGAAGUCGAAUCGCACGGAAUCACUAUGCCGUCAAUCUUCAAUUUCCGAGUCAGUUGCAGCCGGAGAUGUUGUCAAAUUUCCGGGAGAUCAGCCGUCUGUGGCAUGAAUUUCUGGCCCGAACUGAUGGUGAUUUCGGUGACAGGAAACGCCGGGCUCAUGACGACGAUAUUAUGCCGGUAGUCGACAGAUCAGCAAAGAGGCAAAGGCUUGCUAUAGACCGAGAGCAGGCAACUUCACCGAGACUCCCGCUGGAUGGCGACUUGGCCCCCCGCUAUGAGGAUGCAGAGAUAGAUGCUGGGCUGAAGCGUAUGCUAGGCGAAGACGCAGGAUGGAAGACGGCGCAGCAGCGCGAUGGCAUGUACCGGAUUAUGCGACUAGAGAAUGACGGCAUCCGGAGCGAGUUGCUUAUCGUGGUGCUGCCGACAGGCGGUGGCAAAAGCAUUUUAUUUAUGCUGCCGGCUUUUAUGGAAGACGAACGAGGCACGGGUGGAGGACCGGUCAGUAUUGUGGUUGUCCCGUUUGUAUCUCUUGUGCAGGACUUGGUUUCAAGGGCACGCGAGCUCGGCAUCGAUUGCAUGGAAUGGAGAAACGAUAUCGAUCAAGAGAGGGAUGAACGGCAGCGGGACGCGCGGUUGGUAGUGGUCAGUGCCGAUGUGGCCGUGAGCGAAGGAUUCACCGCAUACGUCGAGAGCAUUCGGGGUCGAGGGUUGCUGGAAAGGGUGUUCUUUGACGAGUGUCACACCGCUAUCAUGGACGUCAGCUACCGAGAGCGGCUAGGGCUGCUAACGGGGCUGCACCGGUUCGGGUGCCCGCUGGUGAUGCUUACUGCGACGCUGCCGGUGUCGAUGGAGGAUUGGUUCCGGGAGCGAAUGCUGGCACAGGACGCAACAAUCAUCCGAGCUCCGACGAUGAGGGUGAAUAUUCGGUACCGAGUGAAGCAGCACGAGUUAGUGCAGUGCAAGACUGGGUCGAUGGGCGGGACGGUCAGCGGUGGAUUGCGGCAACGACUGGACUGGGGACCGGUGUCGACAUCAGGGGCAUCGUUGGUGUAA